AUGGAUAUGUCUUUUCUCAAGAAGAAACCAGCUCUUAUGGUCAAGAUCGCCGACAUUAAUAGAGAGAUGACCAACUACAAGAUCAAAGUCCAAGUGCUGAAGAAUUGGAACUUGCAAAGUGGCAAGAAAAUCUCAGGCAUUGAGAUGGUUUUGGUUGACGAAGAAGAGGACAUUAAACUGAUGAAGGAACUAAACAUGGACGCUUUCAGAUUCUCAAUCUCAUGGGCCAGAUUAAUUCCCAGUGGAAAGCUAAAGGAUGGAGUAAACGAAGAAGCUGUACAGUUCUACAAGGAUCUCAUCGACGAAUUUCUAGCUAAUGGUACCAAGGCGGCUGGACGAUGCUCAAAAUGGGUAAACGAAAAAUGCCAUGCUGGAGAUUCCAGUACCGAGCCUUAUAUUGUUUCACAUCACAUUCUUCUUGCUCAUGCCGCUGCAGUAGAUGAAUUCCGAAAAUGUAAAACAAUUUCGCAUGAUAGCCAGAUUGGGAUAGUAUUGUCACCAGGAUGGUUAGAGCCUUAUCAUUCUGACUCUACUGAUGACAAAGAAGCAGUUCAACGAGCCCUUGCCUUUGAAAUUGGAUGGCAUCUUGAUCCAGUGGUUUAUGGAGAUUAUCCAGAGUUUGCUUAA